AUGAAAUUUGUGUGCCUCCUUUUCCUGGGAGCUGGACUGCUGCCUAGCCACACUUUUCAACAUCCACAAACAAAGGGAAAGGAAGCUUUGCCACCCGAGCAACCCAAGAAACACCUCAGACUCUUUGGCACGGACGUAUACGUUGAUCAACCACUUGAAGCCACACACAGUGGCGACAUAAUUUCUUCAGCCAGGCCCGUGAGCGAAUUCCAAUGUGAUCCGAGGACUCGGCAAGGGCUUUCGCCCGAUCAUUCCUGGAAUGGUUAUGGGGUAAGCGGCUUAGGCCAUUCACACCGCUAUCAAUCCUCGAGCACAUUGGAGGACCCGCGCCGCGAGCAAGGCACAAGCAGUUCGAUGCGUCCACCCGCCUCAGGCUCUCACGUUGCGAAACAGACGUCUUCCGUCCUUCCUGAGCAAUCUAGCUUCAUGCUUGAUGCUCGUCGGGUCGCUCCUCUACAGCCCCUGAAACAACAAAAAUCGAAGAAGAGAACUUACAAGAAGAAACGUAAGGCCGAAAUGGAGGCAGAAGGGACAUGUCAAGAUGAGAUGGAGAGAAAGGAAGCCACCCGCGAUGGUCUGAAGAUGACAAUGUUGAAUUUCGAAGAUUUGAAGCUGAAAAGGCCCAACGGUCAGGAGCUGAUUACACUAUUUAAGCAAGCGUCCUCCGGCCAAUACGGCACCGUGCGCAUCGGAGCCAACAAAAGCGUCCGACAAGGACUCUACGAAGUUCCUCUCCCCCAUCCCGAAUGGACCGAGGAGUCGAGAAAAAUCUUCAAUGAUCGUGCCCUAAGCCAACUACGCGAGCGGGUCGAAAAAGAUGGACUUGACCUGAUGAAAAUUGACAAUCAGUAUGGUAAAUGGUCCAACGGAGUCCGCCAAAAGGCUCGGGAUAUACAAAGAAAAUGGUUGAUGACAACCCAGGAAUACCGAGGCGAGGCCGGAGAGGAUCGAAAUGGAGACUUCACGGAAGGCGUCCCACCAGAACAAUCUUCUGAGAAAAUGAAGUCCAAGAGUACGGACCAGCAAGGUGCGCUCUCACUUUUGAGCAUCAUCGAGAGCGAUCGGUUCAUCCCUCCUCCUCAAAAUACUGGAGCACGCGUCUAUCGCACCAAUUCCAAAUAUGAUUUCGGCACUGUGGGCGAGAAUUUCGAGUACGAAGGGUUCUCGCAUCCUUUCGUAAACGGUGAAUCGAAGAAGGCAAGACUUGCCAAGACUCUCGAGCUCAAGAAAAAUCUUCAAAGGUGCAAUAACUUCAAUCCAAAGAAGUUCGAUCGGUUCAUGAAAUACCUGCAUAAUGCAAGAAGGGCUGAGCGAAGAACUGAAGGAGCUGUCGAAAAGAAGCCGGCCCAAGAAAAGCGGUCCAAGGAGAAAAAGGUAAAGUCGAAGAAGGCGGAGUCGAAAGAGGCGAAGUCGCGGUCGAUAUUUGACGACAACGCCUCGUGA